CUAUUUGGUUUUAUGAGCUAAAUAUGUUAAUCAAUCUUUUUAUUCUUGUUUGUAGAGAUGCAAAAUGUUAUUCUCAACAAGCUUGCAGAAAUAAAAGUUCUUUUAAAAGAAGUUAUAGAAAUUAAGUUUCAGGCUACUGGGGUGAAGUUGCUAGAAUCAGUGGACGAAGUGGUUACACUGGAUAAUAAACUAAAAGAUAAAACCGAGUAUACUUAUUUGCUAGAUAGUUUAAAAAAGAUUGGUGGUGGAAAGCCAAGAGAACAUGUUUUUUUGAUCAUGAAAAGGUUAUUUUCGAAUCAGUUACAGUCCAAAUUUAAUCGAAAAGGAAAUGGGGAAAAGAUAAGCAUAGAAAAUCUAGUAAAUAUAUGGAGUGUUAUACGAGAUAUCGGCGACGUGGAAGAAAAUGUUGACGGCAAUGAAGAAAUAUAGUUUCUUAUGUAUAUUUUUGUGAAAUAAAAAUUAAGUAAUGUUAGUUAAAA